AUGGAACCUUCAUCGUCAUCGGCGAUUGCGCAACAAACAUGGGAGUUAGAGAACAACAUAAUUCCCAUGGAAACUCCCGCUGCCGACGAUUCGAUUUUCCACUACGACGAAGCAGGACAGAACGAGUUUCAACGCGAUAAACCAUGGGCGAACGAUCCUCACUACUUCAAGCGCGUCAAGAUCUCUGCACUCGCUUUACUCGAGAUGGUUGUUCAUGCGCGCUCCGGUGGUACCAUCGAGGUUAUGGGUCUCAUGCAAGGCUGGAAGGUUGGAAAAUGUUGUGGGAUGGUAUCAUUCUCAUCCUGGUUAUGGUUGUUGGCUUUCUGGGAUUGA